AUGUCGCGCCCUGGUAUCGGCGAAAAACGCUUCUCAGCAAAUAAAUUCUACCCCCUCCUGGAUGACAGCAGUAACAACAACAACAUGGCAAACCCCAACGACGCUACCAUCGAUAUCCCCCUAACUACCGUCCCCAGUCGCGGCACCGGUGCUCGCAAGACCAAUACCAACAAUCUCCCUUCUCCAACGGGCUACGGUAACGGUUCACCUAAUGACGAAAAACCGCAACAUCGUCCUGGACCCGGCCGGCGGAAAAAGACUGGUGCGGGGGAAUCGAUACAAAACGGCGAAGAAAGCGAAGGAGCGCUCAACACCAUGGGGAGGAUUUAUUUUGCUGUUUUGAAUUUUUCGGUCAUCACUCGUUAUUUCAUCUAUGUUUCGCCCUUGGCGCUUUUGAUUGCUAUUCCUAUUAUUAUCGGUACCACUGCGGCUCCGCAUGCUGCUAUUGGUGGUGUGAGGAUUUGUUGGUUUUUCACUUGGAUUGAAGUCAUUUGGAUCAGUUUGUGGGUGUCGAAGAUUGUUGCCCAUUUCUUGCCGUUUCUUUUCCAGUUUUUUGCCGGGUUUGUCAGCCCCGGAACGAAGAAAUAUGCCCUGAUUUUGAGAUCUCUUGAAAUCCCGCUGUCCUUGGUGGGGUGGGCGAUUGUCUCUUUGGCUACGUUUAUUCCUAUCAUGACCCAGAAUCCGACUCAGCGGGCGAAUAACGAUACAGGGGAGAAAAGCUGGCAGGCAACUGUGAAACAGAUUCUUUUUGCGCUGCUCAUCUGUACAUUGAUUUUUUUGGCGGAAAAGGCUCUUAUCCGGUUGAUCUCUGUCAGCUAUCAUCGCAAACAGUACGAACUACGGAUCAAAGAGUCCAAGCACAAUGUCGAACUGUUGGGUUACCUAUACGAUGCGUCUCGUGCCAUGUUUCCAGAAUACUGCAAGGAAUUCGCGGAAGAAGAUGAGAUUAUCUCCUCGACAAUUCUCGCUGAUAAGAAAAAGGGUCAUAGGCGUGGAGAUUCUGUCGCGCCUUUGCGUCUGAUUCGCAAUGUUGGACGUAAUGUCGGCCGUGUCAGUGAUAAGGUUACUGCUGCCUUUGGAAAUGUUGCCCACGAGAUUACCGGCAAGAAUAUCUUUGAUACUGGAUCUGCACAUGCGAUUGUCACUCAAGCAUUGGAUAAGCGCCAUGCCUCUGAAGCUCUCGCUAAGCGUAUCUGGAUGUCGUUUGUCGUCGAGGGACGAGAUGCCCUGUACGAAGAAGAUAUUGUCGAGGUCAUGGGUGCGCAGCGCGAGGAAGAGGCAAGAGAAUGUUUCCAUAUCCUGGACCGCGAUGGAAAUGGCGACGUCAGCAUGGAAGAAAUGAUUCUCACCGUUGCCGAGUUUGGACGUGUCCGCAAGUCCAUUGCCAGAAGCAUGCACGACGUCGACCAGGCCAUUCAUGUUCUUGACAGUUUGCUUCUUACCGUGGCUUUGAUUAUCAUGAUUCUCGUUUUUGUCUCUUUUGUGACCACCGGUGCGGCCACUGUCAUUGCCGCUGGUGCUACAUCUCUACUGUCUCUAUCCUUUGUCUUUGCAACCACAGCUCAGGAGGUGCUCGGAUCUUGCGUUUUCCUAUUUGUCAAACAUCCUUUUGACGUCGGUGACCGUGUCGAAAUCAACAGUCAGGAAUUGUUUGUCGAGGAGAUUUCCUUGCUGUACACUGCCUUCCGUACCGUGGCCGAACAACGAGUCACCCAGGUCGCUAACAACGUGCUCAACUCUGCUUGGAUUGACAACGUCACUCGCUCGAAAGCCAUGCGCGAGCGGAUUUCUCUCUUUGUCGAUUUUGGUACCACUUUUGCCGAUAUCCAGUUGUUGAAAAUCGAAAUGGAGAAAUUCGUGCGCGACAAGGAUAAUAACCGUGAUUUCCAGCCCGAUAUCGAAAUCGAAGUUAUCAGCGUUGGAAACAUGGACAAGCUCGAGCUCCGUAUUGAGAUUCGCCACAAAUCCAACUGGUCUAACGAAACGGUCCGCGCCGCGCGUCGAUCCAAAUUCAUGUGUGCUUUGGUGUUGGCUAUCAGGAAAAUCCCCAUCUACGGCCCUGGUGGCGGUGGUGCUGCAUUGGGCGAUCCCAGCAAUCCGUCGUAUUCUGUUAGCAUUACCGACGAAAAGGCAAAGGAAUAUCGUGAAAAGGCUGCUGAGAAGAAAGAAGAAGCCCGUCUAGUGCCUACGAGUGCUAUGAAGGAGUUGCAUUCAACUUUGUUGCCGACUGUGGGAGCCAGUACUGGUGUUGAAACCGUGACAACUUCUGGUGGACUUCAGCAACGAAGCGGCGGAUCAGUCAAGAAACUGAGCGAAGCUGAUUUCGUCGGUGCGCUGAACAGUCGUCCAGUUGGUUACGAUCUGGCUCGUCCUGAGGAAACAGCGCAAUUGUAUCGCAUACCCAGCGCCAAUUCCACGCAUGAGCAGCAAGCAUUAAGCCCUGUUCAGGAUAUGAGUGACGAGCAAACAUCGCUCCUCCGAGCUCCAUCGACAGGUCGCCGCAAAGAAAGCAGUACCGUUCCAACUCUGCAUCAACCAUCUCCCUUGCUCAUGCCUCCGUCAGCCACUGGCGCAAUCCCGGCUAAUUCUGGCUCAUCGAUAACAUCCCAACAAAGCCAAGGACGAACAGAUCGAUACGAAAUUCCAAGCUAUUACUCCGCUGCCCCUGCUGCCACCACCACAGGCACAACCCCAUACGGAGCCCCCUACGAAGCCAAUAAUCCAUAUGCAGGAAAUUAUGGAAACGUUUCUCCGGCGCCUUCGACCGCGGCCAGUCAAUACAGACCUGCACCACCGCAAUACCAGUCUCCGCCGGCAUCUGCAGCAGCAUCGAAUACGCGUGCAGGUCAAGGGCCAGCGGGUAAUGCAUUUGCGCAGCAGCAGCAACAGCCACGUUCUGCACCACUCGAUGAUGAAGAUAAUUAA